GAAUUGGUUUUCAACAAAAGUAAAAAUUACCCUUUUUCUAUUCUCAUUUUAAAUUUAAUGUAUUCAAUAAAUUUUAAUAUAGAAUUACUGUAAAAUAGAGGGAGCAGCAGGGAGUAUACCAAUUAGAGGAUGAUUUUGCAUGUGCGGCUCCCACUGUGCCGUGUAAUUUGGCGCACACAACAUUAUAUUGGAACUCUCUAUUCUCCACUUUCUUCACUAAAAUGGAGGCAAGGCUAUCCGCACCUUUGCUCGGCCCGCGGUGGUUCGCCGGCGAUUGCGGCCUGGGGCGGCGGAUUGCCGGGAAGCAUUUGAAUCUGCGAUUGUUAUGCCCUCGCCGCCCCCAUCUCCCCCUCCCCGUUUCCUGCAAAAUCCGCCACCGCCAUAUCAGCUUGCAAAAUAAGAGACAACGAAGCAAGAAUAUCAGUUUGGAGCGUCCAAUAAAUGCAGAUAUUCAGGUGGUCAAGGGUCAAGAUGUCCAGAAGAAAUCCUUGGGUAAUAGUUCACCAAUUUCAAACGAAGAAACAGUAGCUGAAGGAAAUAUUCUCAAUGUGGAAAAAGCUGAAAAGUGUGAUGUUAAAGAAGCAAAGCGUAUACCACUUUCAAAAGAUAAAAUAUCAGGAGGAUUUUUUGACAUUCCAUCAGAAGCCGAAAGUUUUGACGAGAAAGAAGCAAAUAGCCUACAAAUUUUUAGUGAAGGAAUAGAAGCUGAAGGAAGUAUGGACCAUGUGAUGGAAGCUGAGAUCUCAGAUGAGAAAGAAGCAAGUAAUCUGACUCUCCUUAAUGAGAUAAAAUCUUUGUCCAUUGAUGCAAAUGGGGAGAAGGCAAACAUUCAACUUAAGGAUUUGGUUGGCAUGAUAAGAGAUGCAGAAAAAAAUAUCCAUCUUCUUAAUGAAGCUCGUAUCCGUGCACUUGAAGAUCUUGAAACAAUUCUUGGUGAAAAAGAAGUUUUGCAGGGUGAGAUCAAUUUAUUACAGAUGAAGCUAGCAGAAACUGAUGCUCAUAAUUCAGUUCAUAUUUCCCAGGAUAAUGUUGCUUAUUCAACUAGUGAAGAACUUGAUAGAAUGAGAAUAGAGAAUGGUUCGCUAAAGGAUGAUAUGGAGUCACUUAAGGCUGAGCUAGACAAUGUCAAGGGAACUAGAGAACGGAUUCAAAUGCUGGAGAAAGAAAGGCAUGUUUUGGAAUCUUUUGUGAAGGAGCUGGAGUCCAAACUUGCAGCUUCUGAGGAAGAUGUGUCGAAACUGUCUCCCUUGAAAUUUGAAUGCAAGAGCUUAUAUGAAAAGGUGGAGAAUUUAGAAGAAUUGCUAUAUAAAACAACUAAACAGGCAGAUCAAGCAACAUUGCUAUUACAACAAAACCAGGAGCUCCGGAAGAAAGUUGACAGGCUUGAAGAAUCUCUUGAAGAGGCUAAUGUCUAUAAGCUUUCAUCAGAAAAGUUGAACAAGCAAAAUCAACUCAUGCAACAAAAGAUAAAACUUCUUGAUGAUUGCCUUCAACGUUCUGAUGAAGAGAUGCAGUCCUAUAUUCAGUUAUAUGAGAAUUCCUUAAAAGAGUUUCAAGUAACGCUUGAUAAUCUCAAGGAAGAAAGCAAGAGAAGAGCUUCAGAUGGACCCGUAGAUGAUAUGCCUCGGGAGUUUUGGAGUCACUUACUGCUAAUGAUUGAUGGUUGGUCUCUAGAAAAGAAAAUCACAUUGAAUGAUGCAAAGUUGCUUAGAGAUAUGGUGUGGAGAAAAGAUCGACACAUGUUUGAUGAAUACAUGUUAUGCAAGGAGAAGAAUGAGCUAGAAGUUAUCUCCACAUUCCUUAGACUAACAUCACCAUCACCAAGUCAAGGACUCCACAUAAUUCAUAUUGCAGCUGAGAUGGCACCAGUAGCAAAGGUUGGUGGUCUAGGUGAUGUAGUAACCAGCCUUGGCAAGGCGCUGCAGAAGAAGGGACACCUUGUAGAAAUUGUGCUUCCUAAAUAUGACUGUAUGCAAUAUGAGCUGGUUUCUGACUUGAGGCUUCUAGAUGUUGUAGUCGAGUCAUACUUCGAUGGCAUAUUAUUCAAGAACAGAAUAUGGGUAGGGACUGUUGAAGGUCUGCCUGUAUAUUUCAUUGAACCUCAGCACCCGGGGAAUUUCUUCUGGAGAGGCCAAUUUUACGGGGAGCAUGAUGACUUCAAACGAUUUUCAUUCUUUAGCAGAGCUGCACUUGAGCUGCUUCUUCAAGCGGGCAAGAGACCAGAUAUCAUUCAUUGUCAUGACUGGCAAACGGCUUUCGUUGCACCACUUUACUGGGAUCUAUAUGUGCCAAAAGGGUUGGACUCAGCCAGGAUCUGUUUUACAUGCCAUAAUUUUGAAUAUCAGGGGACUGCACCUGCAUCGGAGUUAGCUUCCUGUGGUCUUGAUGUCUAUCAUUUGAAUAGAGCAGACAGGAUGCAGGAUAAUUCAUCACAUGACAGAAUCAACCCUGUCAAGGGUGCAAUUGUGUUUUCCAACAUUGUAACUACGGUUUCACCAACAUAUGCUCAAGAAGUUCGAACUGUGGAGGGAGGAAAGGGCCUUCACUCAACAAUUAAUUCUCAUGCCAAGAAAUUUAUUGGAAUCUUGAAUGGAAUCGAUUCUGAUGCCUGGAAUCCAGCUUCGGAUACUUUUCUGAAGGCCCAGUACAGUGCAAAUGAUAUUGAAGGAAAAGCCGAAAAUAAAGAAGCACUAAGGACUCGUCUGGGGCUAUCUAAUGCCUUCACAAGUCAACCAUUGGUUGGUUGCAUAACAAGAUUGGUGCCUCAAAAAGGUGUUCAUCUUAUUCGGCAUGCUAUAUAUAGAACUCUAGAGUUGGGAGGACAAUUUGUUCUUCUGGGUUCAAGCCCUGUCUCCCAUAUUCAGAGGGAGUUUGAGGAUAUAAGCAACCAUUUUCAAAAUCAUGAACAUGCUCGGCUGGUGUUGAAGUACGAUGAAUCUCUAUCCCGUUUGAUUUAUGCAGCAUCUGAUAUGUUUGUUAUCCCGUCCAUCUUUGAGCCAUGCGGCCUAACACAGAUGAUAGCAAUGAGAUAUGGAUCAAUUCCUAUAGCUAGAAAAACUGGUGGCUUAAAUGACAGUGUUUUUGAUGUCGAUGAUGCCACCAUACCGUUUCAAUUUCGGAAUGGCUUUACAUUUUUGUCUGCCAAUGAGCAGGGUCUUAGCGAUGCAUUAGAGCGUGCAUUUAAGCAUUAUAAGAACAACAGUGAAGGAUGGAAAGAGCUCAUUCAGAAGGAUAUGAGUAUAGAUUUUAGCUGGAACUCGUCAGCAUCGCAGUACGAAGAACUCUACCAGAAGGCUGCGGCUAAGGCAAGAGCCGCUUCAACACGUUCUUGAGAUUCUUUCAUUCUUCUCACAUGUGAGUUUCGGGUUAGAUGUAAAUACUCUCAUUCUUGUAGCCUUUGCAUUCAUGUAUGUAUUGUUAUAUGUAGUGUCACCAAGUACACACAGACACACUCACAGAAGAUUGACAACUGCAAUACGGCUUUCUAUGAUUUCAGU